UUUAUCUGUGGAUCUUGCUUUGCUGCGAAUUGGUGCUGUAAUAAUGUUUCUUUUUAUUUUUUUAUUUCUUGUGAAAUAUUAGAUAAUUUUCAAAGCGAUAAGACUUUUAUUGAAGAUUUUGGUGUUAUAAAUAGAAUUAAAUGUUUUCCAUUGAAUAAUUAAAAGUAAAUAGAUACUUAUAGAGACUUGUAGUUGACCCAUUUAGUUCCAGGCUAAUAUUUUAAAAAUCUUACGUUGUUUUUACGUAAAAUAUAACGCCCGUGUCUUUUGUGAUUGUAGAAAAAGUUUAAAGAUAUAUUCUGUCGACCAGUUGUCUAAAAAGUCCAUGGAAUGUGAUUAAAAUGGGUAAAAGCGUACGUUACCGGCAGCGAAUUGCGGUCGUUUCGUCGAACGAGAGCGCUGAAUUAAUCAACAGAGUAGCUUGUAGUUGGCGUGCACCCCUUCAGUGCCUGUCGCAUUUCAUCCACUCUCAAUGCUCGUCAAUCUGGUCCCGUAUUGCCCGCCAGAGCAACCCAUUGCCACCACCAACAUCCACCCAGCAGACCUUCCCUUUAUGAACAAUAUGGAUGAGAUAUCUUUCUGGAUCUACACGAAAAGAGCUCCUUGCCUAUUCAACUACGAUAACAUUGUCAAGAAACAAAUCGAACAAGCACAUUGUUCUAAGGCGAAACCUGCGAGUGUUCAGAGUGCUUGUGAGGAGGUGCCUUCACCAAAAAAGAAGAAAAGGAAAUUAAAACUGUUGGAUGAUUCAGUGUCUAGCGAGAAGCAGCAGAAUGUUUACUUUGAUACAACAACAACAACAAAACAAAAAACUGCACCCAGUUGUAAAUCAGAGGCCAUUGCUUCAAACGUUGAUUUUAAUAUUAAAAAUUCACCGCAACAAAGCACAGCGAAACGGAUGAAAUUACAAAGAAAUUGUCAAAAAACCACACAAAAGAAAAAUAAACUUGUGACAUCAACACCUAAAGUAACUCCGAAUUUGCGGAGAAGCUUGAGAAAGGCUCAGCAGAAUCUCGGCAACAGUCAACUGAAUGAUUCAUUUGAAAUUAAUAACUCUUGCCUAAUUAAUGGAAUACAAGAAGACGAACAAGUAAAUAAAGAAGGAAACAUACAAAAGUUACAAAGUGCCGACCAGUCUGGUCACAACAAAAGUAAAACAACAGUUAAAGAGAAAGAUACAAUCGUACAUAACGGCCAGUUUGAUGAUUUAAGCGAUGUGUCUGGCUUUACCGCUAAUUACAUCAGGUCGACAAAGAUUCACUCUUCAAAGGCACCAAGAAAGUUGAGGACCAGAAAUAGUAGAAACCUCGUGAAGGAUUCAAAACAAAAUGUAACACCGGAGAGUGAAAAGAUAGUAGUUUGUUUGAACAAGGCUGUAAACACACCAUUGCCAGACACCACAGUCUUGAACUGUAGUACUGACUCCUCACAGAAUGUCAUCAAUCUGGUAUCUGUGAAAAGCAAUGAAAAGUCCAAGAAACUAAAUAAGAGUACAUCUCUCUUAAAAUUUAUGGACGCAAAGUUAGAAAAAGGAAACACUUCUAACAAAAUUGGCAAGCAAAGAGCCAAAAGUAAUCUUGAUAUUUCCUUCCAGUCUAAAACUAGUGGAACGUCCAGAUAUCCUCGAAGACAGAGAAAUAAUACUGUCGGUGAUUCAGAUCAGAACGACUCUAAAAUCAAUACUACCGCGGUUAGCUCACUGACCACCAGGCACAGUGCUCGUAAAGCAAGUAAAUUAAAUGAUUCAGAUAAGAAAGAAAACACUCAAAAUAAAGUUACUACAAGAGCAAGAAGCAGAAGAAAACUAGAUCUACCAUUAGAAAAUAAGGAGACUGGUUGCUCGGGGCUGCAAUUAAAUGAUUCAAGUGAGCAGAUUAGUUCUAGUGCCGCAUUAAACAUGGCAAGCCCUGCUAAAAGAGGUAAGAAAAAUUUGUCAGUGAGAUGUCUCCGAAGUAGGAGAUGUAGGGAUAAAAAUGGACAAGAGUUACAUUCUACCAGUGAAAAAAGUGACAAAAAAGAUGAAGACAUUGCACAGAGUUCUGUCGUACACUCAUCUACACCGGGAUGUGUGAGUCGUGUAAAAAAAUCUAUGGACAAAACUGGACAGUCGUUAAGGAGAGACUCUCUAAGAGACAAAAGUGGUUUUGCUGCGUGUUUCUCAGACAGUGACAGUGACAGUGAACCUUUGAAACAACGAAAGUUCUUCUGUUAGCAUUUAAUGGACAUUAUAAAUAGCUUAAUAGCUUUGAGCGAAUAUAAUCAAUAUUGGAAAUUUCCUCUAGUAGCUGUUUUAGGCGCGUGCCACUCAUCUUAUAACAUAUUCGAUUCGUCGGCAGUCGUAUGCUCUCAUUGUGCCCACAUUAGUGCCCACUUUACAUAGAUAAUGAUAAAUUUUCAAAUAGCUCAUAGAUAAUAAAUUGCAUAUUUGCAAUAUUUGCGAGUAAUGCAUCAAAACAAAAAUAUUUAGAGUGGCAUAAUAUGUAAUAUAACACAUACUUGUGAUGUUAUCAUUGUAUUUGUAAUAAUAAGCUUGCUUGAGAUUACUAGGUACUUGUCUGGCGAAAACAGUGCUGAAUAAAAAAAAAAUAGACUUUGAUGGCAUGGUUAAUUUAUUGUAUUCAGAGGAUGUGAUUGUACACAUGCCGAAUGUGACACGAAUGAAAUUUGUGUAUGAUAUUUGUAUUAUAAAGUGCCAUUUUAUGAAAUAUAAUUCAAUUGAUGUAUCUUCAUUUUUCCAUGACUACGUCUCUUGUUAUGUGUUAGUUAAGAUUUUAAUUUAGAGUAACUAUAUUGCACUCUAUUGUUUAUUUUGUAUUAAAUUUUUGUGUAAUAAAUACA